AGAUGAGGCGCAAACACAGCCGCUGACCGUGGACACAUCGACGUUGGAGGAGAAAUUGGACGUGAAAACGGCACUGAAACGAGCUCUGAAAUCGGCUGUUGUCGUGGAUGGCUUAGCCAAAGGCCUACAUGAAGCUACAAAAGCACUUGACAAGCGUGAAGCAUAUUUUUGUGUGUUAGCGGAAAAUUGCGAUGAGCCGAUGUACACGAAACUUGUGGAAGCACUCUGCAGUGAGCAUCAGAUCCCGCUGAUCAGAGUGAAAGAAAAGAAGCAGCUGGGCGAAUGGAUUGGACUGUGCAAGUACGAUAAGGAGGGAAAAGCACGAAAAGUUUGUCUUUUGCUACAUAUCUAG